CAGUUACGAAAAUAACUCUUCAGGUUCAAUUGAAGAUGGCACCGACUAGAGACGUCUUCGUUGCUGUUAUUGGUACGUCAUCACCCUCUGGUGUCUCUGCAGCACCCACUUCUAACAAAAUCCAGGUGCUGGUGGGGUAGGAAAAUGCUUCCUGUCACAACUCGAAGACCUCACCAAACGAUUCGCAACCAGGCCAUCCUCCCCCAGGUUAUCUCUCAUCUUCGUUUCUCGAAGUACAAAAUCCCUCUACAGUACCGAAUACACCGCCCUACCAUAUGAGAAUCUCGCUGCGAAACUCGACGGCUCAACCCAGAAGACCCUCUCCUUAACUGAGGCUGUCGAUUAUUUGGCUGCUGCCCCAGCGAAGGUCGUGCUCGUUGACAACACAAGCUCACAAGCUGUUGCAGACAACUAUCCGCACAUCCUGUCGAAGGGAAUCAGUAUCGUUACGCCAAACAAGAAAGCUUUCUCGGGCUCAUACAAGCUAUGGCAGGACAUCUUCACUUCAGCCUCUGAAUCUGGCGCCAAAAUAUACCACGAGAGUUCAGUAGGAGCUGGCCUUCCAGUCAUUUCUACAUUGAAGGAUCUGGUUGACACAGGAGACGAGGUGACAAGAAUUGAGGGUGUUUUCAGUGGUACAUUGUCAUUCUUGUUCAACUCAUUUGCGCCCACGGAAGGUUCGGGUGGAAAGUGGUCCGCCGAGGUGACCAAGGCGAAAGAGCUGGGAUAUACUGAGCCAGAUCCAAGAGAUGACUUGAAUGGAUUGGAUGUUGCGAGAAAGCUGACGAUCCUGGCAAGACUGGCUGGACUACCCGUCGAAUCACCCACUUCCUUCCCAGUUCAAAGCUUGAUCCCCAAGGAGUUGGAGAGUGUGGCCAGUGGUGAUGAAUUCUUGCAGAGACUUCCAGAAUUUGAUUCUCAGAUGGAGGAGACCAAGGUUGCCGCGGAAAAAGAAGGCAAGGUGGUGAGAUUUGUCGGAAGCAUUGAUGUUGGCAAGAAAGAGGUUAAGGUUGGCUUGGAGAACUUCGACCGAUCACAUCCUAUUGCAGCACUUAAGGGAAGCGACAACAUUAUAAGCUUCUACACAAAAAGGUAUGGAGCAAAUCCUUUGGUUAUCCAGGGAGCAGCCGCAGGUGGAGAGGUAACAGCAAUGGGAGUAACGGGAGAUCUUAUCAAAGUACUUGAACGGCUAUGA